UAUGGAAAUCAGCACAAUGACCCAUGCCAUGCAGCUGCACGCACAAAUGAUCAAAACGGGAAAACAAGACAACUACGUCAAUCUAAACAAUCUCUUCACCUUCUCUGCCUUAUCCCCUUCAGGAAAUCUCACCUAUGCCCGCCAAGUCUUCAAUUCCCUUCAAACCCCGAACUCCUAUUUCUGGAACACCAUGAUCAGAGGUUAUGCAAAAAGUCCAGAGCCAGACCAGGCUCUCCACCUUUUCCUCGCAAUGCAACUUCAAGAGGAUGCACCUAACCCAGACAAUUUCACAUUUCCCUUCGUCCUCAAAUCUUGUACUCGUUUGCACCGGACCCGCGAAGGGAGACAACUCCAUGCAGUCAUCUACAAAGCUGGGCUCCAAUCCGAUCAAUUCGUACAAAACUCUCUCAUACACAUGUAUUCUUCUUGUGGGGAAUCUACUUUUGCAAUGCAGGUAUUCGAGAAAAUGUCUGACCGGAAUGUGGUCUCUUGGACUUCAAUUAUUGAUGGCUUAGUUGACGAUGAUAGGCCUUUUGAGGCUCUUCAUAUGUUUGCACGAAUGGAAGAUGAUGGUGUUGCACCUAAUGAUGCGACCGUAGUUUCUGUUCUCAGAGCUUGCGCUGAUGUAGGAGCAAUGGGUAUUGGGCAGAAGGUUCAUAAACUGGUUGAACAUAGUGAGAUUGCUUCGAGGGCUAAUGUCUGUACAGCUCUGAUAGACAUGUACGCCAAAUGCGGCUGUAUAGAUAGUGCUCGACGGGUAUUUGAUGCAAUUGUCAACAAGGAUGUGUUUGUAUGGACAGCGAUGAUUUCUGGCCUAGCCAGCCACGGCCAGUGCAGAGAGGCCAUUGAUUUGUUCAAUGAAAUGAGAGAAGCAAACUUAAGAAUGGAUGCAAGGACAGUAACUGCAGUAUUGUCUGCUUAUAGAAAUGCUGGUUGGGUUACUGAGGGUCACCAUUUCUUUAACGAUAUGGAGAUCAAAUAUGGGAUAAGACCCACAAUUCAACACUAUGGAUGUAUGGCUGAUCUUCUAGCCCGUACUGGGCAUUUGGAGGAUGCGGAGGAGUUUAUCAAAAGUAUGCCCGUUGAACCUGAUGUAAUUCUAUGGCGAACACUCAUUUGGGCCUGCAGAGUUUAUGGAGAUAUCGAACGGGGAGAGCGUUUGAUGAGCCACCUCCAGCCUAUGAAGACGGAUUCUAAUGAUUGUGGGAGUUAUGUGCUUCUUGGGAAUGUCUAUGCCCUCGCUGGGAAAUGGCGUGAGAAGGCAAAAAUGAGAGAAUUCAUGAAUCAGAAAAGACUUGCAAAACCACCAGGAUCUAGCAAGGUUGAGGUGAAUGGUGUAAUCCAUGAAUUCGUAGCAGGGGACUCGAGUCACCCAGAAGCAGAAAAGAUCUAUAGAAGGUUGGAUGAAAUAACUGAGCGACUGAGAGAGGAAGGCUACCACCCCAAAGUCUCAGAGGUCUUGCUUGAUAUUGAGGAUGAGGAGAAAGUUACCCAGUUACAACAUCACAGUGAGAAGCUUGCUGUUGCUUUUGGGCUAAUUAACUCACGCACAGGGACAAAAAUUAGGGUUGUGAAGAACUUAAGAUCUUGUGCAGAUUGCCACUCUGUGAUGAAACUUAUCUCAAAGAUAUACCAGCAAGAGAUAGUCAUUAGGGAUCGGAUUCAGUUCCACCAUUUCAAGAAUGGACAAUGUUCUUGUGGAGAUUAUUGGUAAUGUUGAAAAUGUUGUCUUGAAGAAGGAUCAGACAGGGUAUUUCCUUGACCUCUCACGUUGGUUGAUCUUGCUACGUAGUUUUUCUUAUUGAUGGUUGAGCCAUAUCCAUUUUCACAGAACUGAACUCUACAGAUGGAACCAUGGCCCAAAGGUUCCAAACUGGCCUAAUAAUGCAUAGAGUUCCUUACAUGGAUUCCACCAA